AUGACGCUCUGUGAAUGUUCUUGGCCAUAUAUGAUCGCCUGGAAGUAUUGCCUCUGCGAGAUUGUGGCCGCCUUCCAAGGUGCUCUGGCAGGCAGGCUGAAUCCUGUAUUUCGUAUUCUUCAGGUAAAGGGCCCGGCUAGGCAAGGCAUCGUGGUUGGAGACGACCACCAGCUACGGAAACUCCGAGAUCCACCAUCCUGCAGCGUCGACCAUGCAACCGGCAGUAGAGGAGCCAAUGUGCGUCGUCCGUACGGAGUACCCCAUGCCGCAAUCAGGGUGAAAGGGCGGCUGGCGGUGAGAUAUUUUCGUGACGCCUUAACCGAACUCGCAAUCGGCGACCUGCAGCAGCCCAUCGUCCUGCGCAUCACAUACUUUCCACCGGCUACACAGGCGUCCUUCACGGUUGCGAGACGACCGGCCCGCGGCGAUGGUCCGUGGGAAGUCAACCGGCGACCCGACAGUCAGAGCGUCCCGGUCUCGGUAGCGAAGCCUAUUUCGCGCCAGGCCGACAACCUGCAUGUCCAUGACGACUAA